CAAAAACAAAUAAACAAGCAACCAAGGAAAAAAAAUAAAACAGGUCAUUCAAAUUAUAAAAGUUUUUUUUAAUCCUUAAAAUCUUGAAACUAAAUUCAACACAGUGUCAACCUCAGGAAGGGUUAAAAUUCAGAGGAUUUAACCCUCGUUUCUUCUGAACAUGGGUGUGACUCACAUUCAGCUGCAAACAGGGAAACUACAUGAAGUCGGGUUUAAACGGAGAGCUGUCUAACUUUCUUUUGUUCUCCCGCGAUUUUAAGAUUGAUUUUCAAAGAGAUUUAAAAAAUGGCAGAGAACCUGCAGAAACUUGUUGCAUCCAAGAAGGAUGUGGUGGAGAAUGUGAUGGAGGUAUUUGAGCAGGGAGCAGAGAUGUUAGCCAGCAUUGCUGGAGAUCUGUUCCCCGUUUUCUCCAUCGCUGCUCCCAUUGUGAAGAUGGCACUAGAUAACGUGGAGAGCAAAGAAGCGGAAUACAUGAAGGAACAGUUUCAGAAGGUCCGUGAGCGUCUGGAGGUUAUAUCAGAGGAGAUCCAGCGCAUAAACGAUGAGGUGAGGAAGAGCGGUAUGGACGCAGCUUACUUCUCCGUGGAGGAGAAUAUAACCAACCAGUUUCGCAAGUACAUGGACAUCCUCAAUGCCAAGCCAAAGUUUCGAGAGGCAAAGAAGAAACAAUUCUUGGAGCACUUUAGCAAGUCUGGUGGAGACAAAAACUUGCACACGCUUUACGGUGCUGUGACAGGAGAUAGCUUCUCGGGAGAGUCCGUGCUGGAGAUCACGCUCAACUAUGAACAAAAGAGCCGGCGGGCGAUGGAGGACUUCUGCGCCAGACUGAAGCAGUUGUUCUGCAUAGGUCUCAUCGCUUUGAUGGGACACACAGCUCUAAAAGGCGGCGAUGACGAAGAGGAGCUGCUCCGAAACUGGGCCGAGAACAUGAAAGUUGUCCAGUCAAAAAUGAACGUGGUCAUCGAAGACUGCAUCAACAGCUUCCCAAGUCAGGCAGAGAUCGAUAUCAAGCGCCUAGUGAGGAACCACAAGGACAAAAGCAACCAGCAGCUGGCCGACAUGAUCAUCGAGAACCUGAAAGGGAAGUACGACUGGGUGAGCUGGUCAGUCCGUGUCUUUAACUCGCCCAAGGGCUUGUUCACUAGCAAGAAAGACUUCCAGUGUGCCACAGGCAAGAGCAGGUUUCAGGUGCCUUCACCGGAUGAGAAUUUGAAUGUUGUGCUAUCCUACAGUGCCUCUCCUGAACCUCUAGACAAAGCUCAGAUCCAGCAGUUGGUCCAGGACCAGAAGAAAGUCACAGUUCCAGGGAUUGCAGAGCUUAUCUUUGAGAAGACCCCUAUGUGUGUGGUCCAUGCGGUCAAGACGUCAUGCAAAGAAAUGGCUUACUCAUGGAGCUUUCGAGAUGAGCUUCACUACUUUGAGGAGUUCAAGAACGUUUACUUGUUCGUUCAUUCUUCUUAAGACCACAGUUGAGGAUAGCAAACAUAGGACGAGAUUUGUAAUCGAGUGUAAACGUCUUUAUUUACCUUUAAAAGAAUGCCGACUAUUUUCUUAAGCCACUAACCAUGUUAUCAUUUAAUGCUGAAGAUUUUUUAAUGCUGUGUGAUUGAACACUUAGAUUAUUUGAAUAUCAAUCUUUGCCAAUUAUAAACACUGCAUGUGCAGUUUUUGAAAAGUGCACUAUGAUUUGCAUCUCGGUUGUAUAUUUGGGUAGUUUUAAGUGUCUUGGGGCAAGAAUGCCUAUUUAGCUUCAUGAAGGUUAUUAGGCCACCCUGAAAUGAAUCAGUAUCAGGAUCUAAUGAAUGGAUGCAACAAUGCUGAAAACUCUUUGUUUUGUUUUUGUAACAGCCUUAUUUUUUUUCCCCCAUUGUAUUUCAAAAUUUCACAAAGACGUCUUCAUAUCUACAGCUGUGUGUCCCUGAGCGUAUGAUAUGGUGUGUUUACCCUCACAGAGUUGGAUUCUUAAGGACACAAUCAGACCUUGAAUUACUGCGUUUCACCAAAACCUGGACAUGUAAGGACAUGUCAUGAAGGGAAAAGAAUUGUUUCCUUAUGAGCCCUUUCCAGCCUGUUGGACUGUCACAGGUCCCCCCCCCGCCCUUGAUACUAAUUAAACUAUGCCUCCAGUUUAACAUAAAUAAUAUAGUGUAUCAAUAUAGUUCAUCCUGAAUUGAGAUAUACGAAUAAGAUGCUACGUUUUAGCAGGACAUGAUUUAAAAACAUCACAGAAAGGAGUACACCAUUCUUAUCUGUGUUCUUAUCCAAAACAACCAUUCAGACAUUUAACACUGAUAAACGAUGGUCAUGUGAUUUUUAGUUCAACACGCUGCUGACUUUUUAUUCUAACCAAUCAGCUUAGGGGACAUUUUCUUUCCAUUUCACUACAAAAUUACACAUGUAUUAAAUUUUUGGUUAUAAAAUUCAAUUAAUGACACUAUAGCAAUAGGCAUGCAUUGUAAUUUUUGCCUCCUAAAGUGGCCAAUAUAUAUAUACACAUAUUUGCAUUAAAAGGAAACACCUUACUUAAUGUCAAAGGGAAUCGGAAUUUCAUUUGAGACUGAUUCUGGGUUUGUUUGUUAUACCAGUCAGAUUCAGCAAGUUUUAGCAAGUAAUCUGAGCUAGUUGAGCAGGUUGAACACCUGAAAUGUACCUUUUGAUGAAUUGCCAAAACAUCUACGCUUCAAACUGGGUCUUACAUUUGUUUUUCUUUCUUAGUCGCUAUUAAAAGUUUUCUUAUUACUUUGCACUGAAGUUGUUCCCCUCCCAACUGUCUAACAAUGUCUUUGCUUACAACCAUAGCUGAUUUUAUCUCACAGUAUCACUUUAUUAGGUUUGGCAUUUUCAAGCCUGUCAUACCUUUUCAUGAUAUAAACUUCAUAUUGUAAAUGCAGAGAAAUAUACACAAUACAAUAUAUAUACAGACACACAA